AUGGUUUUGUACUCAAGCUGUAGAAUUACGUUUCUGGGUCUGUUUCUUCUUCUGAUUUCGAGCUGGGUAUCGGAUAAAUGCGAAGGAUUUGGCGAAUUUGGGUUUGAAUUUCACCACCGUUUCUCGGAUCAAGUCGUGGGGGUUUUGCCAGGUGAUGGGCUGCCUAAUCGAGACUCUUCUAAGUAUUAUAGAGUGAUGGCUCAUCGAGAUCGGUUAAUCAGAGGCCGUAGACUCGCUUCCGGUGAAGAUCAAUCACUCGUCACUUUCGCUGACGGCAACGAUACUGUUCGUGUGGACGCCCUUGGAUUUUUGCAUUACGCGAACGUGACGGUUGGGACGCCGUCUGAUUGGUUUCUGGUUGCUCUAGACACUGGGAGUGACUUAUUCUGGUUGCCCUGUGACUGCACCAAUUGUGUCCGUGAAUUGAAAUCACCUGGUGGCUCGAGUUUGGAGCUCAAUAUUUAUAGCCCUAAUGUAUCAUCGACAAGUUCUAAAGUUCCUUGUAAUAGUACGUUAUGUACAAGAGGUGAUCGAUGCGCCUCCCCUGCUAGUAACUGCCCAUAUCAGAUCAGGUAUCUUUCUAAUGGUACCUCGUCUACUGGUGUCCUGGUAGAGGAUGUACUUCACUUAGUUUCAAAUGACAAAAAUUCCAAAGCUAUUCCCGCUCGGAUUACCUUAGGUUGUGGUCAAGUUCAGACUGGUGUAUUCCAUGAUGGUGCAGCUCCAAAUGGUCUUUUCGGGCUUGGCUUAGAAGACAUAUCGGUUCCGAGCGUAUUAGCAAAGGAAGGAAUUGCAGCAAACUCAUUUUCGAUGUGUUUUGGAAACGAUGGAGCUGGUAGGAUCAGUUUUGGAGAUAAAGGUAGCGUAGACCAACGAGAAACGCCAUUGAACAUAAGACAACCACAUCCUACUUACAAUAUCACCGUCACUCAAAUAAGCGUUGGAGGAAAUACUGGCGAUCUUGAAUUUGAUGCUGUUUUCGACUCUGGAACCUCAUUCACUUAUCUGACUGAUGCAGCUUACACACUUAUUUCAGAGAGUUUUAAUUCUCUAGCUCUGGACAAGCGUUAUCAAACGGAUUCUGAGUUGCCUUUUGAGUACUGUUAUGCAUUAAGCCCGAACAAAGACAGCUUCCAGUAUCCAGCUGUGAAUCUGACAAUGAAAGGCGGAAGCUCAUAUCCCGUUUAUCACCCGUUAGUAGUGAUUCCCAUGAAGGACACAGAUGUCUACUGUUUAGCAAUCAUGAAGAUCGAAGACAUCAGCAUCAUCGGACAGAACUUCAUGACUGGCUAUCGCGUUGUCUUUGACCGUGAGAAACUGAUUCUGGGCUGGAAAGAAUCUGAUUGUAACACGGGCGAGACCUCGGCUCGGACACUUCCAUCGAACCGUUCCUCCUCCUCGGCUAGACCGCCGGCUUCCUCGUUUGACCCAGAGGCCACAAACAUACCAUCUCAACGACCAAGCACGUCGACCGCUUCUUAUUAUUCACUCUCUCUCGCACUUUCAUUCUUCUACUUCUCAAUUUUGGCCAUCCUCUGA